CUGGAUGACGCCAAGGUACUCGUACUAACCCUCAUGCUCAAUCGGUAGAUACCGGAUAGACAGGAACCCAAAAGUCUCAACAGCCUGAUCAACAAAAACAACAGAGACAUAAUCACGUAACGUACCCUAAGCCAAAAGUAUUGAUUCCACCGUACAAAAUGAACGGAAGCCAGGGGGACGAUGCCGACGUUGUUAUGGAAAUCGCGGGGCCCUCUGCUGCCGCUGCCAACAACUCCAGCAAUGCCGACAACGACGACGAUGAUGCAGUGAUGAGCAGCUCACCAAAAGCGACAACCGAGAAAGAAAGUGGUGGGAGGGAAGGGGAUUCCGUGGUAUCGGUGGAUUCGACCGCAAUCGUCACCUCGCAAGAAGCCCAAGACCCACCACACCAAGCAACCCCGCAGGUGCUGGCAUCGAGGGUUCCGGAAAUCUGGUCCAGCUUUUUCCGCCGGCUCGAACAAAUCGAGCAACUGGAAAUGCGCGUGGAGGAACGCGUCUCGCAGUCGCGCCGUAGAAUCAUGAACCUUCUCGAACAGACCCCUUCUCACCGUCGAACCCACCUUAGGAUGUUCGUCUCGCAUUUUUUUGACAAGUUCAAGGGGAUUUGGACACUUGUGAUCGAGGGGAAAUUAUUGGUUGGCAACAUAGAUCAUGCCAAUGCUGCCAAAGUGGACAGCGAGGGUGUUAUGUCGGCUAGAGUGGUUGCCGAGGGAAAAGAAGACGAACAGAAACGCAGCAAGAAAAAGCGCCCCAAUGACAAACCUACGAAAUCAUCCGGUGAAAAGGAUUCUUCGAAUGGUGGAGCGCAGUCUUCGGGUACGGCCCCUGGGGGAAGUGCGGCCACAAACAAUCCUGCCACGGCUUCAGCAACACCGGACCGCUCUCACCCGUCUUACCGGAUUGGAGAAAAAGAGGAAGAACCCGUCCAACCUCUCGUCUUUACGCACUGUUUCGACAAGAUUAACGUUACCUUUCGAACUAUUUACCAACCUAGAGUUGCUGCUUCGGGAAAGACGAAUAUUUCUUUAUCUUCGGCAUCUUCGGCAAAGAAGUCACGCUCGAACAAGAGAAAAUCUUCGGGCCAGCAAGUACAAGAAGAACCCGCUGCCGUCAGCCCAAAACUAUUGAAGGCGUCCGAUCCGACAAAACUCGUUUGGGACAAAAAUUCCAGAAGGGAGAAAGAAGACACACCGGAAACACAAAGAACAGAUGAUUGCCAUGGCUUUUUUGUCCAGUACAACAACCACUUCUCCGAGCGCCCCCCACCGCCUGGCAUGCGGUUUCAUAGCAUUGUGGCGAAAAUCGAGCUUUAUCCGUCGCGUCCCGGCACUGGCAUAGGCACGAACAAGUUCCAGUUCCGGCACCAACAGGAUGUCGACGCGGAACCCUUGUACCAGAUCGUCCAUCCGGUCCUGGCGAAACGUUUCUUCCCUCGGCACGUGCUGGGAAAAAGCGGCGAUGGUUCCUCCGUGGACGGAACCGGCGGGGCGCGAUCGAAACCCAGCGAUUCCGACGGCACCAAAACAGGUGGCAACGAGGGCGAUCCCCAGAAACACGAUUCGUCUCACUCUCCGGCUGGGAGCGACGAGCCUAUCCCGUUGGAAAACGAUAUUCGAGUCCCUUCGUUUCUGACCUACAACGAGAUUUCCAUGUCCAUUUUUCGAUACAUUCAGGACAACAGGUUGCACGAUCCUACGGACAGAUCGAACAUUCUCUGCGACAAGCUCUUGAAAGAAAUCUUUGACGUCGAGAGCAUGAGCUUUGGACAACUGAAACAACUUCUGAUUCAGAAGGAUCUAAUCCGGCGCUCCGGGGCACCGUCUUCGUCGAGCGCGGGCUUUCUGUCUCCACAAAAGAGCAGCGGAAGCAACCCAUCGAACGAAAAAGACCCGGUGAUGCCCGUCGUUUUGACCUACGUGCUGAACGAACAAACGACGUCUCCGCACGUCCCGGCGGGACACGAGGUCGAAUCGGUGGUUCCGUCCGACCCGGAGCCCGCAAACGCUUCCGCAACCGCCCGGCGGAGGGCGGCGUAUUCGACUCCCGAAGACCCCGACCACAACCCGACCGUCCUGUCGUUCGACAUGGACGUGGCCAUCCCGUCCUUUUUCAACUACCGGGCCCGUGAGCUCCUGCGCCGCGUCAAGAAACGAGAAUUCGAGUAUACCACGUGCCGCACCAAGGCCCGGUACCUGCUGGUGGCCGCCAAGGGCAACGAGGACACCAUCAAGACGCGGAUCGAAAAGGCCGUCUCGGGACAGGGGUACGAGGCGGACAACAUCCCCGUGAUGCUGGCGCUCGCCAAGGCCGCGAUGCCGCACAGCGAGGCCCGGGAGGCCGCCCAGAUCGACGCCAGGACCUGCGACGUUGUGGGGAGGGUCGAAGAAGCCAACCGGAGCGUUGGAUUGGCGUGGGAGGAAGUGGAGGCCAUUCGGGACGCCAUGGUGGGAUCGGGAGGCACGAGGUAGCCAAAACACCGAGGAGUGUGUGGUCGGCAAGGGCGAAACACAGGAAGGAUCCCGCCGGACUCGUGACCGCGAGGUGCAUGAUGCUGCGUGAGAACCUCGAUAGGCACGACUAUUCUUAAGAAUGGAUAUAGACAAGAAUCCUUUCACUAAAAAGAACUACUAGUAGCGAAAGAAUGCAAAGGGGGACUCAAAGAUCAAAAUGUUGUUUUUUGAUGUAAAAAUAGAUAGUAAACUAAGGU